UAAACAUUUGACAUAAAAAAAAAUUAUUCCCGAGAUCCAAAUCUGUAAACCCGACGGCCGAAGAAGGCACCUCUUCUCUUCUCUUCUCUUUCUGACGACCCUCACCGGAAAAGAUGGAGAAAGCGAGUAAGGAGAAAUCGUGUACUUUGCUCAUUCACUAUGAAAAAGGCGCUCCAGCAGUUGCAAAUGAGAUCAAAGAAGCCCUCGAAGGGAGUGAUCUACCUGCAAAGAUCGACGCCAUGAAGAAGGCGGUCAUGCUUUUGCUGAAUGGUGAAACCCUGCCUCAGCUUUUCAUCACUAUUAUCAGAUAUGUGUUACCUUCCGAGGACCACACGAUCCAGAAGCUGCUGCUGCUGUACCUGGAGAUAAUCGAUAAAACUGAUGCUAAAGGGAAGGUGCUGCCUGAAAUGAUUUUGAUAUGUCAGAACCUGAGGAACAACCUUCAGCAUCCAAACGAGUACAUCCGUGGAGUAACGUUGAGGUUCCUCUGCCGGUUGAAUGAGACAGAAAUAAUAGAGCCGUUGAUUCCAUCUGUAUUACAAAAUCUGGAGCAUCGCCAUCCAUUUGUUCGUAGGAAUGCAAUUCUGGCUAUUAUGUCAAUAUAUAAGCUCCCUCAAGGUGAACAGCUCCUGGUAGAUGCACCUGAAAUGGUUGAGAAAGUUCUGGCAACGGAACAAGAUCCCUCGGCCAAGCGGAACAUAUUCCUUAUGCUCUUCAAUUGUGCUCAAGACCGGGCGGUUAAUUAUCUUCUGACUAAUGUUGACAAGGUUUCUGAGUGGAAUGAAAUGCUCCAGAUGGUGGUUCUGGAGUUGAUCCGAAAGGUGUGUAGGAAUAAUCCAGCAGAAAAGGGGAAGUAUAUUAAGAUCAUCAUUGCUCUGUUAAUUGCCCCUUCAGCUGCAGUUAUUUAUGAAUGUGCUGGGACACUUGUUUCUCUGUCGUCUGCCCCUACUGCUAUCAGAGCUGCCGCCAACACCUACUGCCAACUUCUUCUUUCCCAGAGUGACAACAAUGUGAAGCUUAUCGUGCUUGAUAGGUUGAAUGAGCUCAAGUCAUCCCACAGGGAUAUCAUGGUUGAGUUGGUCAUGGAUGUACUCAGAGCACUCUCUAGUCCUAAUCUCGACAUCCGCAGGAAGACACUUGAUAUUGUUCUUGAACUGGUUACCCCUCGGAAUGUCAAUGAGGUAGUUCAAACUCUGAAGAAAGAAGUUAUGAAGACACAAAGCGGAGAGCUUGAGAAGAACGGAGAAUAUAGACAGAUGCUUAUUCAAGCCAUUCAUGCUUGUGCAGUGAAGUUCCCUGAAGUUGCAAGCACGGUGGUCCAUCUUUUGAUGGAUUUCUUGGGGGACAGCAAUGUGGCUUCAGCCCUUGACGUGGCUGUUUUUGUUAGAGAGAUAAUAGAAACAAAUCCCAAAUUAAGAGUUUCGAUCAUCACCCGGUUGUUGGACACGUUCUAUCAGAUUCGUGGUGCAAAGGUCUUCCCCUGUGCACUUUGGAUUAUCGGGGAGUAUUGCUUAUCACUUUCUGAAGUUGAGAGCAGCAUAACGACCAUAAAGCAGUGCCUAGGUGAUAUGCCAUUUUACUCUGUCUCUGAGGAAGCAGAAUCUACCGACUCCUCAAACAAGAGUCAUCAGAACCCUGCAGCUGCAGUUUCCUCUCGAAGACCUGCCAUUCUUGCUGAUGGAACUUAUGCUACCCAAAGUGCUGCCUCUGAAACCGUUUCCCUCCCUUCCGUUGUCCAUGGAUCAUCUGCUUCUGGAAACUUGAGACCUCUUAUCUUAAGCGGGGACUUUUUCCUGGGAGCUGUGGUUGCUUGCACACUGACAAAGCUUGUUCUUAGGUUGGAGGAGGUGCAGCCAUCCAAAACUGAAGUGAACAAGGCGACAACACAAGCUUUGCUGAUCAUGGUCUCUAUGCUUCAAUUAGGGCAGUCUCCUGCUGUUCCGAACCCAAUUGACAAUGACUCUUAUGAGAGGAUUGUGUUAUGCAUAAAAUUGCUAUGCCAUAGGGAUGAUGAAGUGAAGAAGAUAUGGCUCGAGUCCUGCCGCCAGAGCUUUGUCAAAAUGCUCUCUGAGAAACAGCAACAAGAAUUGGAGGAACUUAAGGCAAAGUCCCAAAUAUCUCAUGCUCAACCUGAUGAUCUCAUUGACUUCUUUCAUCUGAAAAGCCGGAAGGGUAUGAGUCAACUUGAAUUGGAAGACCAGGUGCAAGACGAUUUAAAACGUGCAACAGGAGAGUUCACUAGGGAUGAGAAUGAUGCAAACAAACUCAACCGAAUCCUUCAACUCACAGGGUUCAGCGACCCAGUGUAUGCUGAAGCAUAUGUGACAGUCCAUCACUAUGAUAUCGUCCUUGAUGUGACGGUUAUCAACCGAACCAAAGAAACCCUCCAGAAUUUGUGCUUGGAGUUGGCCACCAUGGGUGACUUGAAGCUAGUGGAGCGUCCUCAGAAUUACACUCUGGCACCCGAAAAGAGUAAGCAGAUAAAAGCAAACAUCAAGGUGUCGUCAACUGAGACAGGGGUCAUAUUUGGGAACAUUGUAUACGAGACUUCAAAUGUCAUGGAGCGGACGGUUGUGGUCCUUAGCGAUAUUCACAUUGAUAUCAUGGACUAUAUCUCUCCUGCUGCUUGUUCCGAUGCUGCUUUCAGGACCAUGUGGGCAGAGUUUGAAUGGGAAAACAAGGUGGCUGUAAACACAACAAUUGAUGACGAGAAAGAGUUCCUUGAUCACAUUAUUAGAUCAACAAACAUGAAAUGCCUCACUGCAACAUCGGCAUUGGAAGGAGAGUGCGGGUUCCUAGCAGCAAACUUGUACGCGAAGAGCGUGUUUGGAGAGGACGCUCUGGUAAACAUGAGUGUGGAGAAACAAACGGACGGAAAGCUGAGUGGUUACAUCCGGAUAAGGAGCAAGACCCAAGGGAUUGCCCUUAGCCUUGGCGACAAGAUCACCCUCAAGCAAAAAGGUAAGUAAGUAGCUCAUGUUACCAUCCAACUUAAUAAUCAUACACACAUUACCAUUCUCUCCUUCUCAGCCACAGGUACUCUCUCUCUCUCUCCCCAACCUUUUUUUCUUUUGCUAGACCAUUUUCGUGGGAUUUUUGGCUCAAUCCUCCUACAAGUACUAAAUCAUAAGCCCUUUGACCCUUUCUAUUCUAUCUCUUGUAUGGGUUUUUGGUAUUUUUUUUUUUUUUUUGGGUGAAAUGCAUGUGUAUUUGAAGAGAUUCGCUAUAGUUGUUAUCCUUUCGUCUUAAUAAUCCUUAAUAUUUCUUUAAGGUCGAAGAUGUGGACCGAUGUAUCUAUAUAUAUAUUGAUUGAUUGUUAGUUUUGAGAUA